AUGCCGGGCAUUUUGGUUAAGGAUCAAACGAUGAUGGAGAAAGGGAAGCGGAAGCGGAAACAAGAGAAACUGCUGCCGAGAAAGUCAAGAGUCAUUGCUGGAAGCCGCCCGGUGGUGAAAAGUGACGCGCUAAGCUGGAAAACUGUUACGUUGCCGGAUCGAUUAGAUGAUGCGGAAGGCUUCUACCUCCUGGAGGAGGUGGAUGAUGUUGAGGUUGUGAGAGAUGAGGGCAACAAUGUUAUGUUCAGGUCACUCAACUCAGACCUUGAAGUUAGAACACAGGACGCAGAAAAUGGCGAGGCCAUCGGCGAAGAUGACGAAUGGGAGGGAUUUUCCGAUGAGGAGGACUCUGAAGCGCCGUUGAUGGCUGAUGCUGUACAAGCUCCGCGACCGAAUGGUAUCUUGAAGCACAAGCACGAUCAUGCGGCCAGUGGCGUCAAUAGCGAUCAAGGAGAGUCAGACGAGGGGCUCGAAAGCCAGAAUGUCUUCGACUUGCUGAACGAGGUGCCACAGGACGCUGGUGAUGCUUUGGCUUGGGAAGAACUUGAGCUUACAGAACCUACAAUCAAGGCCCUGACGAACAUCGGCUUCACAAAGCCCACCCCGAUCCAGGCCGCAGCAAUUCCUCCUAUCUUGAAAGGAAAAGACGUCAUUGGCAAAGCGAUCACUGGCUCAGGGAAGACUCUGGCCUUCGGGAUCCCCAUCAUAGAGCAUUGGCUUUCAGUCACGGACGAGCCGAAGGGCCCCGUGGCUCUGAUACUGGCACCCACGAGAGAGCUUGCACACCAGCUACACGACCACAUCAGCGCACUUGCAGAAGGCCUUGAUCGACAGCCUCGCGUUGUCAAAGUGACAGGAGGUCUCUCGAUAUUGAAACAACAACGACAACUGGAGCAUGCAGAUAUCAUAAUAGCGACGCCGGGCCGUCUAUGGGAGGUUAUCAACGAGUCCCAGGGACUGAUCGAACAAUUGAAACAAGUACGGUAUCUGGUGAUAGACGAAGCCGAUCGCCUUCUCAGCGAAGGACACUUCAAGGAGGUCGAGGAUAUCAUCGACACUAUCGACCGACAGGUCUUGGACGAGAGCAACCGGCCCGUCAGCUCCCGACCCCAGCGACAAAUCUUGGUAUUCUCCGCUACCUUCAAUCGAGGAUUGCACCAGAAGCUCGCCGGCAAGUUGAAGAACGGCACAGCCAGUGACCUCCUGAGCAAUCAGCAAUCCCUUGCAUAUCUGCUGAAGAAGCUUCCGUUCCCUAAGCACACCAAGCCAAUGUUUAUCGACCCAUCCCCAGAAUCGACAAUGGCAAGCCAGCUCACCGAAUCAAUAUUGCAGUGUCCUGCAAACGACAAAGACCUCUACCUCUACGCUCUCCUACUCCUCAAUCACAAUCUGAAGACUCUAAUCUUCGCCAACAGCAUCAACACCGUCAAACGCGUGCAUACCUUUCUCAGCACCCUCUCACUGCCCUCGGAAGUCCUUCAUGGUGACAAAAUGCCACAAAAGUCUCGACUUCGAGCUCUGGAGCGCUUCCACGACAUACCAAACAGCAUUCUAGUCGCGACUGACGUCGCCGCACGUGGUCUCGAUAUCAAAGGCAUCCAAUUGAUUAUCCACUACCACGUUCCCCGAUCUGCAGAUAUGUACGUCCAUAGAUCCGGCCGCACAGCCAGGGCGGGCGCUGCAGGAAAAUCUGUGCUGUUGUGCUCGCCAGAGGAGGUCGUUCCGAUCACUCGACUCAUCGGAAAGGUGCACUCGCAGAAACAGAAACAGGAACAGGAGCACCAAUUUGGCGAUGCGCAAUAUACAAAGGAUCCGCCCACAGGGCGGGCUCCAGAGACAGUCUACGUGGAUUCCCGAAUCACAACGCGCAUCCGGCCACGCGUUGACCUAGCGCAAAAGAUCACCACAGCAGCGCAGUCGCAAGCGAAGACCUCCUCUUCCGAUUCCUGGGUACGCAAAUACGCCGAGGAACUAGGUCAGGAGUAUGAUAGCGAGGAGUUCGAAGAGGAAGCACGCCGAAUGAAGCGCGGUAAAGGUGGCGGACGCGAAAAGAAGCGCAGGGAGGCCGCUGCGACUAGUAAAGGGCAAAUAGGCGCCUGGAAGGCCGAAUUAGGGGAGCUAUUACGGAAGAAGGUCAAUCUGGGUGUCAGUGAGCGCUAUCUGGCUGGAGGCGGCGUGAAUGUUGAUCAAUUGAUCGAUGGAACUGGGGAGGCCGCCUCGGGGGUGUUUCUUGAGGGUAUCCGAUAG